AAUCCACCCUGUAGUGUGGAUACAUGUCCUCGGGAAUUUAGCCUGGAUAUGUAUAAAUUGACCCUUUAAGUUUGUCUAUUUUAUUCAGAGACAUGUUGUUCAGAGUGGAUGGUAAGAUAAUUAACCAAAAUAUAUUUAUAAGAAUGUAAACUUGUAUAAGUGUUUGGAUUUCUUUUUAAAAUCGUUUUACAUAAUUUAUUAUGGGGGACAGUGUAGGCAUUUACCUCUACUCUCCGCCUCUUUAAGUCUGCCCUACAUCUGACUCCUUUUGGUCCCUUGCCGUUUGCACAGCAGCCUGUACUCUGCCCCACAUUUUAUUUGGCAAUUCCCACCGCCGCUCGCUCGCACCGUCGCUGCGUAAAAGCCGCCGCGCUGAGCUUGGAAAUGUAGUUGUUAUUACGCACAGCGAGGUCUCCAAAAUGGACUUAAGAUCCGAGCUCCUCAAGUCCAUCUGGUACGCUUUCACGUCGCUGGACGUCGAGAAGUGUGGGAAAGUGUCCAAGUCGCAGUUAAAGGUGCUUUCCCACAACCUGUACACAGUGCUGAACAUCCCACACGACCCGGUGGCACUGGAGGAGCACUUCCAGGAUGAUGAUGAUGGGCCAGUGUCUAACCAUGGCUACAUGCCCUACCUCAACAAAUAUAUACUGGAUAAGGUCAAAGACGGGAUGUUUGACAAGGAAAAGUUUGACGACCUGUGCUGGAUGAUGACCAUGAAGAAGAACUUCAAGGGGCUACCACAGGGGGCGCCGCUAUCGGAAAGAGACUGUUUCAAGCUCUUCUGUUUGUUCAACCUCCUGUCUGAGGACCGCUACCCGCUGGUGAUGAUACCAGAGGAGGUGGAGUAUCUCCUCAAGAAAAUCUCCACAGCGAUGAGCCAGGAGUGGGAUGGGAAGCCGUUGGAGGACUUAAUAUCCCAGGAUGCCACAGUGCGGGAAGAGGACAUGUCUGUGUGGACCUUCCUGGAGCACAUGGGGGCAGGUCGGCUGCUGAGGGUCACCAGCGCUGAGGCCUUCAGUCUGGCUUUGGAUGAGGUCUUUCUGGAGAUGUAUCACAACGUCCUCAAGAGGGGUUACAUGUGGAAAAAGGGACAUGUACGCAGGAACUGGACUGAGCGUUGGUUUGUGCUGAAGCCCGCCUCCAUGGCUUAUUAUGUCAGCGAGGACUUAAAAGACAAGAGAGGGGAGAUCCAUCUGGAUAAGGGCUGUGUCGUAGAGCCUAUCGCAGACAGGGAGGGGAAGCGCUGUCUGUUCUGUGUGAAGACUCACAAUAAAACCUUUGAGAUGAGUGCGUCUGACCAGAGACAGAAGGUGGAGUGGAUUCAAGCUAUUCAGACAGCCCUCCGUCUCCAGGGCGAGGGCAAGUCCUCCCUUCAUCAAGAACUCAAACUGAGGAGGCGAAUGCAGCGGGAACACAGCCACCGGGAGCGCAGCAGGAGCAGCCGCAGCAGCCGGAGCAGCUGCAGCAGCCAAUCGGACGACUCCAGUUUCCAGGAGAUUGAGAAGAUGGAGAAAGAGAAGGACAGACAGGAUUUAGAGAUAGAAAGUAUUAUACAGCACGCACGCCAGUUAGAGACCAAACGAAGGGAGGCAGAGGAGAAAGAGAGGAGGAGACAGAGGGAGGUGCAGAUGGAGUUGGAGAGACAGCUGAAGGAGGCCGAGACGUUGAGAGACAGCAUGCAGGCAGAGAUGCAGGAGAAGGAAAAGGAGGCCGAGCAGCAGAAGAAGAGGAUCCAGGAGUUGGAGCUGACGCAGCGGAAACUGGAGGCUGCUCUCAACAUGGAGAUCCAGGCGCGACUGGAGGAGGAGAGAGCCAGACAGGAGCUGGAGAGGUUGUUGGAGGCAGAAGAAGCAAAGAAGAAGCAGUUCCAGCUCCUCCAGGAGCAGCAGAGGGCCUUGCAGUGCCUCAGCCCCAUACUGGAGGCCUCAGACGGCAGCCCAGACGAGGAAACUCCCUCCGCUCUUCACUCUGCCUCUCAGGAGCUCCAGGACCUGCAGGCUUCUCGCCAGAGGAGCCACCAGCGCCUGGAGGAGGUACAGGAGAAGCUGAGAUACGCCAGUCAACACGUACGACACUGGAACGUCCAGCUGAACCGACUGAUGAAACCCAUCGGUCCUGGAGAACGUAUGGAACAUCGCCUGUCAUCAAAUCGCAACUGUCCCAAAAAGGAAGGAGCGUUGGCCAGUAACGAGUUCAUCUCUAAAUACAAGAUAAGAUCUGAACAGAACAGCCAGAUUCCUGAAGACGGCAAGACACUGGAGGAGCAGCUGGAAGCCGCCAACCUGUCGGAUGGAUCAGACGAAUCGCAGGGAAAACCCAACGGACAAAUGUGAUCAGUGAAUGAUAAAAAUUCUGUUUGUUUAAGACCAAGACUUGAGAGCACAAGGAAAGAAAAUAUUUACAUUACACAAAAGAAUCUGUGCAGAAAAGUGUCGUAUUAUAUUUAUAUUUUGAAAUGCACACUAAGAUGGAGAGCGAGGAUGACAAACACAAUGUGAUGCAGGAUUUAAUGAAAACACAUUUGACUAAGAUCAAGUGAGAUUUACAGUUUUGUACAAUAAAGUUUAUUGGUGAAUAAUAAAACAUCAAUUUCUGGUA